AACAUAAAAGGGAAGGUCUCAAGGAGAGGGGAGGAAAAAAAAAAAAAAGAAAACUCAUUUGUUAAUCGUGGGUCCAAAUAAGCCAUAGUCGUCUUCUAGGCGGGAAGCUACGAAAAGAAUUAGAACCAAAGCAGCUUCCAUGGCGGGAACGACCUAAAAGAAGAGAACACACACUCGAAGAAGAAACGCUCAAGUAAAGAGAGGAAGAGUGAUUUUCUUGUAAACUGAAGUAGCGAGUAGAAAUCAGCAAUGUCUUCGCAAUAUCCAGUCCCAAAAUGGGCUUCCAAGCCUUGUGUAAUGGGCAUCGAUGAAGCUGGUCGAGGCCCUGUUUUAGGGCCAAUGGUGUAUGGAUGCUUGUACUGCGCUAGUUCAUAUUUGAAAGAACUUUCGUCUUUGAAUUUUGCAGACUCGAAAACUUUGAAAGAAGAGAAGAGGGAGGAAUUGUUUGAAGAUUUGAAGGCUAACGAGUCAAUUGGAUGGGCUGUUGAUGUCAUAGAUCCUCGAGAACUUUCAUCGAAAAUGCUAAAUAAAGUAAAGAUAAACCUAAAUGAAAUAUCACAUGACUCUGCAAUGGGUCUAGUCACCAAGGUUCUAGGCAUUGGAGUUCUUUUAACUGAGGUUUAUGUGGAUACUGUUGGUGAUCCUGAAAAGUACAGAAUUAAGUUGUCUGAAAAAUUUCCCAGUGUAAAAUUUGUAGUUGCAAAGAAAGCUGAUAGUUUAUAUCCUGUUGUCAGUGGGGCAAGCAUAGUCGCAAAGGUCACAAGAGAUCGUGCAUUGCGGGAAUGGGCAUUGGAGGAAACAGCUGAAAACAUGCAUAGAAACUUUGGUUCUGGAUACCCUGGAGAUCCAACAACUAAAUGUUGGUUAGAAGAUCACAAGCACUCGGUAUUUGGGUUCCCCACAUUAGUCCGCUUCAGUUGGGGUACCUGCACGUCAUAUUUCAAAGACAUUGUUGAAGUAUCAUGGGAGUCGGACAAAGUGGAUGAAGAUGGGGCAACGACGGGAAGUGGUAAGAAACAAUUAAGACUAAGCAGUGUUGGUAUCACCACAUCGAAGAGAAAGAGUGAAGAAAUUGAAUCAAACGCCAAAGGACGGUGCAAGUUUUUCCAGGCUAGAAAACUUGAACAACUCACUCAUUUUUGAAUGUUUGAUUACAAUUCUAUGUUUCAACCAUCCUCCACAUGUUAAAGAUUAAUCAAGUAGCUGAUAACCAAUAGUUUGGCUGUGUACUAACUGGGUGUUGUGCUUAGAAGACAUUUUUUAGAUGGUAACCGGCAUGUACUUGACUUUCUUUAAAGGUAUUUCAAUGUCUGUAAUAGCCUAAGUUUCAAAUCAAAUACAUAAUUUUGUGGUUAAAAAAUA